AUGCUAUCUAUUCGACGUCGCGAUCACUCGUACGGUCAGAAAUAUAUGCUGUACUGGGCACUGAGCAUUGCCGUGUCCCUAGUAGGGAGAGUCAAUGGUCUACCGACUGACGACUGGUGCGAUACUCACGAAGCGGAUCAGAUUACCACGACGGAAGCCCUGGGCUUACCAGCUCGUGGGAUAUCUAUGGUCGACUUCGCGUUCGACAAUUCUGAUAAUUGGUAUAUCGCUGGUCAAGACAAAUCUACCAAGGAAUAUAAGGUGUGGAAGGCCCCAUUCGAUGAGAAAGGGUUGGCGGUCGAGAUAUUCACUGGAGAGGCAACAUCGAUUGACCUAUACACUACCAGCGGAAACACUUAUGUUUUCGCAAUCGUUGAUAGCGAGAUUCGUAUGUAUGGUACCCCCGGCAAUCGCCGACCGCCUCUUGUGGGUGAUUUCGUCGUCAUCCGAGCGGCCGAAAAUACCCACGAUUGGGCAGCUCUCAUCUUCGACAGCUCAGCUAAAUAUCUCUAUGUGUCCGACAGGAAGAUGAAUCAGGUCUAUCGCUUUGAUGUGACUUCUUCAAGUUACCCUGAGAGGCUUGUUGCUGGUAAUCCCGAUGGUGUUGCUGCGGAUGAUGAAACGCAUCUCGACCAUCCCGAAGGAGUCAGGUUUGCCCGUGGUGACCUCUAUAUUUUACAAGGUUCCCCUGAAGAAGGCCAUAUUGUUAGGUGGACUCCUGGUAAGAGCAAGCGAAAGUUCGUCUACGACUUCGCCGUUAAUGGAAGUCUGACGAUGCAGUGUACAAGCACUGUGUAA